AUGCGUCGAGUAUUUGUUUUGAAAAGAAAAAAGGACGAGAAUAAGGCAAAUGAAGCAAAAACAGCUGCCUCUUCAGCAACCGCGUCCGGUAAAGAAGACCAAGAAGAAAUUCAUCAAAAAGACGAAGAAGAACAAAAAUUAAUUUAUCAUUUCCAAAUUCUAAGUUGGGAAGAUAAUGAUGCUUGUCCUGUUGAAUCUGUCCUAAAUUUUUUGGAUGCGGUCAAUGAAUGUGAAAAAAAUGAAAUUGGAGAGGUUAAGAAUAAAAUGAAUAAAAAGUCAAAAAUUGGUCCGACAAUUGUGCAUUGCAGUGCUGGAAUUGGUAGAACAGGAACUUUUUUGGCUUUGGAUAUUAUAAUUAAUAGAAUUAAACAAAAAGGCCCAAAAUGUGUUUGUGAUGUUCAACGUACAGUUAAAAUGCUUCGUGAACAGCGGGCAACAAUGGUACAAACAGAAGCUCAAUAUCGUUUUAUUUUUCAUGUAAUCUCUGCUUUUAUGCGUGGAUAUAGAAGCCAAUUUCAAUUGACGUACAAAAAGACAAAUAGCGUUGAAGGACCUCAUCGACCCUAA